UUUUAUUCGGAUUUUUAUUUGGGUUAUGGGUGAGUGGAGAUGUAGGUAUGCGAUGUGUGUCUUGAGAUGUUGAUGGUAACACGCCCUUUUCGAGAAAAAAGGAGAUGGGUGUCACUUUUUGAUCUGCUUGCUUCCCCUCCAGACUUGUUAUUUAGAAGCGCCGUCACGGCAUUACAUGAAGCAGCUGAGGCUUAUCUGGUUGGCCUGUUCGAAGACACGAACCUCUGUGCCAUUCAUGCCAGAAGGGUUACGUUCAUGCUUAAGGAUAUUCAGCUUGCCAGGAGAAUCAGGAGUGAAAGGGGUUAAGGGAAAGAAGAACGAUAGCAGCAUUACUUUUUUAUCAGAUCUGUAAAUGCCUUUUCAAAUUUCGGGUCUUAGGUUUGGUUAUGAGUUUGUACUCUAUUCAGGCCCGGCCCAGGGCUAAAGCCCAUAAAGCAAACGCUUGGGGCGCCAAGGUUUAUAAGUAUUUUAGGGGCAGUUUGUAUAGCGAGUUUCUUUAGUGCAGUGGCUAUUGUAUAUCUUCUUUCUCCUCUCCGCCCGGGUUCGAAUCUUCCGCCUUCCAUUUUCCCUGUUCGCCUAUAAUAAAGGCAAAUUACCAAUUUUUUUUUUUUUUUUACCUUUGCCAAUAGCCAAAAGAUAAUCGUGAAGAUUGAUUUACCUUUUCUAACUGAUUAUAUUAAAUGAUUAAAAAAGUAAAUUACAAUAAUACCUAUUUUGUUUAUCCUAACAAUUGACGUUCUAUCUUCUCUUCUUCAACUUUCUUCUUUAUUUUUUUCUGCCUAUCAACCAUAUUUGAUCUUCUCUGAAUCUAUGUAAAAAUUUUUCUUUGUUCUUUUUGUUUUCGUUAACUUUUGAUUGUGAUUUACUUGUUUUAUGUUCUAGCAUAUGUAAUCUAUUGGUGUCUAUUAUCUAAAUUAUGUUUUUCUUUUUAAUGUUUUUGAAUUGUAGUCUGUAAAGAAUGCUUCCAGGAAAUAGAAUAAGAAUUCAAUCAAGUGGAGCUAAAAAUAGGAACAAAAAAGCCAGACAAGAUGAAGUGAUCAAAUCUCAAACCAAUGCUAUGCUUAAGUAUGUCACAAUAACUAAAAGUUCUAAACCUGAUGAAAUUUCUGAAGCUGAAGAGGAAAAAGAAGAUGAAGAGUUUGUUAUUGAAGAAGAUGUUCAUGAUAAGAGUGAAGAAGAAACUGCUAGAGAUGAUGCAGAUUGUAUGAAUGUGGACAAAGAACAAUCUGAGAAUGAAAACAUAGAAUCCCAAGAGAAAGUUGAUGAUAUUAGAAGCUUCCAUGAAGAUGUUGAUAUGGAUGAUCUUGGAAAUUGGAAGAACAUUGAACAGAGAAUGAGAGAUUAUUUGGUUGAGAGAGGUCCACCUACAAGACCUCCAGUUGAUUAUCUUUUUCCAAGAGAUCGUAUUGAAAGAUGUUUCACUUAUUCAUGUUUUACAAGAAGGAUGAGCAAUGGAGAGAAACAAGACAGGAGAUGGUUAGUUUACUCAAAAUCUAAAGAUAAAAUCUUUUGUUUUUGCUGUAAAUUAUUCACGCAUGAAACAUUUCCUCCUCUAUUGGUAACUGCUGGAUAUGAUGAUUGGAGAAAUGCUUCACAUAGGCUGAAAAACCAUGAAACUACUUACAACCAUAUUGUUUGCAUGAGCCGCUGGAUUGAGCUUGAAAUGAGGCUGAAAAAGAGUGAAACUAUUGAUAAGCAUUUGGAGGAGGCAAUUAACAAGGAGAAGAAACAUUGGAGAGAUGUUAUGUUGAGGAUAAUUGCAGUGGUAAAGACUCUAGCAGAAAGAAAUCUAGCCUUUCGUGGAGAUGACGAAAAGGUCAGUGAUCCAAACAGUGGAAACUUCUUGGCUUUUAUUAAGAUGAUUGGAGGCUUUGAUGAAGUAAUGAAGGAGCACAUUCGACGGAUUGACAAAGGUGAAACUCAGUACCAUUAUCUUAGUCAUAAGAUUCAGAAUGAGUUGAUAGAAUUACUUGCUAAUGAGAUUAGGAUGGUAAUCUUAAAGAAGAUUCAAGAGGCAAAGUAUUUUUCAAUCAUUUUGGAUACUACUCCUGAUAUUAGUCACAAAGAGCAGAUGACUUUUUUAAUUCGAUGUGUAGAUGUUUCUACGGAUUCACCUAAGGUUGAGGAGUUCUUUUUGUCAUUCUUGGAAAUCAAAGACACAACAGGAGAAGGAAUUUUUACCACUCUUCAAAAUGCAUUGGCUGAUCUUAAGUUAAAUAUUGGUGAUGUAAGAGGACAAGGUUACGACAACGGGUCUAAUAUGAAAGGAAAGCAUAAGGGUGUUCAGAAAAGACUGCUGGAUAUUAAUCCAAGGGCAUUUUACACUCCAUGUGGGUGUCACAGUCUCAAUCUUGCUCUUUGUGACAUGGCUUCUUCAACUGAGAAAGCAGUUUCAUUUUUUGGCACUGUGCAACGUUUAUACAAUCUGUUUUCAUCAACCAACAACUGGGAAGUUUACAGAGAGAUGGUGAAAGGUACUACACUUAAACAAUUAUCACAGACUCGUUGGGAAAGUCGUAUUGCUAGUGUAAAACCAAUAAGGUUUCAAGCUGUAAAGAUACGAGAGGCUUUGUUUUAUUUAGCAGAGAACAGUGGUAAUCUUGGACAUCGUAGUGAAGCUGAGUGUCUUGCAGAAAGUGAAACACAUGGAAUUGGAAGAUUUGAGUUCUUGUUUGGCAUGGUAAUUUGGUAUGAUUUGCUUUAUGUUGUCAAUACAGUGAGCAAAUCUUUACAAUCAGAGGAUAUGGAUCUUGAGGCUGCUAUUAUCCAGUUAGGAGGGCUUGUUGGUUACUUGAAAGGCUACAGAGAAACUGGUUUUGAGAAAGCAAAAGCUGAAGCUAUGCAAACUGCCAUUGACAUGGAGAUCGAACCAACAUUUUCUUCAAAGCCAAAGCGGUUAAUAAAAAAGAAAAAGCAUUUUGGUGAAGAUGCUGAAAAAGUUGAUGAUAGUUACCAGCUAAACGCGGAAGAGAGUUUUAGGAUUGAUUAUUUCAUCAACAUUUUGGAUCAAGCUAUAGUGUCAUUUGGGGUUAGAUUCGAGCAGUUUCAGCGGUACGAAGAAAUCUUUGGGUUUUUGUUUGGUUUGAAAAGGCUAAAGUCAGCAAAAGAUGAUGAAUUGAUGAUAUCUUGUGGCAAGCUUGAAGCUUCUCUAGAGCAUGAUGGACAUUUUGAUGUAGAUGGAAAACACUUGUUUUUGGAACUUCAAUAUCUAAGAGGAAUGUUACCAGAAGAAGUUACAAAGGCGAUCCAGAUCUUGGAAUUUCUAAAAAGAAUGGAUGGUUGUUAUCCAAACACAGAGAUCGCUUAUCGUAUAUUACUAACAAUUCCGAUUUCAGUUGCUUCUGCAGAAAGAAGUUUUUCAAAGUUGAAGCUCAUCAAGAAUUAUCUACGUUCGACUAUGUCUCAGGAGCGUUUGAAUGGACUGUCGAUGAUAUCCAUAGAGCAUGAAUUAGCAGAAAAACUUGAUUACUCGAAGCUGAUAAAUGAUUUUGCAGGAAAAAAAACAAGGAGAGUUAUCUUUCAUAAAUAAUGUAUUACCUUUUUUUACUUUUUAUUCUAUGAAAACAAAUUAAACUUAAUAAUAUUUUACAUUGUCUGAUUAUAUAUUCAUAUUACGAAAAGAAAAAAGUUAUAGUUAGGGGCAUCAUAUUGGCCGUGUGCUUUAGGCACCACGGAUGUCCGGACCGGUACUGACUCUAUUGCUAUGAUUUGGCUAUUAGGCGAAAUGUCUGAAUGAAUAUCA